AUGAGGGGUUGUCUGACGUGCCGCCAACGCCAUCUCAAAUGUGAUAAGACCGGAACUGAAUGCCUUCGCUGCCAGAGAUCGGGACGGCAGUGCAUCCCUGCGCCAGCGAAGCCAGAGGAGGUUGCCUUCCGACAUGGCCAGAAUCCGUCUAUGCGGUCCGAAGGCCCGCCUCGCUAUGGUGAAAGUGACUUGUCUUUUCCGGAAGACCAAGUUUGGAUAGAUGUGCCGACUCAAUUAUGCUUUGAGGACGAGACGGAACAGACAGCCUCUGACUAUCACGUUGUCUCCGCGGAAGCGUCACCAACUGUCCCUAGAGGAAUGCGCAAGGCUCGACUCAGCACUUCAACCUCGACCAUACCCUCAAUACCGUCUCCUACUCAGGCGUUUCUUCCUCCAGGUGGUGCACGCAGGAUCUCUAACCCACGAACCUUAUCGCUGGACUCCCUUAUGCCACCGGAUACUCCACGCGAUAAUCCAAAACUGGCAGAUUUUAAUGAAGCGUUUCUUCUACGACACUUUCAGAGGACUCUUGGUCCCUGGCUGGAUUCCUGCGACCACGAAAGACAGUUCUCAAUGGACGUUGUAGAACGGGCGCCUUCCUACCCGCUUUUAUUGUACGCUUGUUUGGCCACCGCAGCUCGCCACCUCUCUCGAACGACAAACCUCGUCCCUCCGAAUACCGCAGACGAAUAUCACGAGAAAUGCAUCGCUAUCCUACUUCCCGGUCUUGCGAAUUGGGAGUCGGGCAUAGGCCUCGACAUUCUGCUGGCGUCCACCGUAAUACUCCGCUUCUUUGAGCAAAUUUCUUCUUCCCAGAACCCAUUGCGCCUCGAGCUGAGCGCAUUUGACGAGAGGCUACAAAUGAUGUGGACUCAACAAGAAUCCCAGACCGAUCGCGAUUGGGCUCACCGUGCGGUAUGGCUGUUGGCGGGUGCCAUUAACUACUGCUAUGGCGUGCACGACCCUCAGGGAAGUGCAGCGGAAAGGACUUUCUUGAAGCAUAGAAUCAAUGCCUGGGAAGCGCGGAAACCUGACGGGUUCCGGCCGUUGCAUUUCUCUCUCGCCGACCCAAGAAUAGGGAGGCCCUACCCUGUUAUCUGGUUCACCAAAUCACUAUAUGUUAGCAAGCGCCGCGCAGCAUAUCUGCAUGGCAAAGGUUCUGAUAAAGGAGUACGAGCUUCGCAAUUUGAUGAUGUGGCUAAAUACCUAGGGAUCCUCUUUGGCAUUGCCCUCUCCAGCGACGGUGACCCGUCUGCCCGUGUUAUGGCGUGCCACGCAUUAUGCGCAUGUAGCUCCUGGGUCCGUGAACCCCUAGCACGGAGAUGUCUUCUUGAUUUGCUUCGAAAAACAGAGGCAGAAAACGGAUGGCCGUGGGCAUUUAUGUCAGAAAGGUUGACCCAGGAGUGGCGCAUCGCUGCAAGCUGA